AUGUCGGACGAGGACAUUCCUUCAAAGCACCAUGCCACUACUAUUGCCAGCGUGGACAUUGAUCCCCAAACGGAGCGAACUCUGGUUCGGAAAUUCGACUUUCGUAUUCUCCCGGUGUUGGCAGUGAUGUACUUGUUCAACAGCCUGGAUAAGUCCAACUUGGGAAAUGCAAAGACGGCAGGUCUCGAGGAUACCCUCCAUAUCCACGGAAACCAAUACAAUCUUAUUCUCAGUAUAUUCUUCGUCCCAUACGUCCUGACGGCACCCUUCCUCGGACUUCUCGGCAAGAGGUUCGGUCCUAAUCGCGUGCUUCCAUGCAUGAUGCUCACGUUCGGCCUGUGCACUACUUUAGUGGUGGCUGCAUUCGAUUUCGGUGGCAUUUUUGCCAUUCGGUGGUUCUUGGGCAUGGCGGAAAGUGCUUUUUUCCCCUUGGUCAUUUACUAUUUGACAACCUUCUACCGCCGAGGUGAGCUGGCUCGCCGGCUGGCUAUCUUUUAUGCCGCGCAGAGUAUCGCCUCUGCAUUCUCUGGCCUGUUGGCAUUUGGAGUCUUCCAGAUCCACUCGGGCCCUUUGGCCCCGUGGCGCUACCUUUUCCUCAUCGAGGGCUGUGGAACUGUCCUCUUCGGUUGUUUCGCUUUGUGGUACCUUCCCAAGUCAGCCGCUUAUGCGCAGUUCCUGUCUCCUGAGGAGAAAGAGCUGGCUUGUCUCAGACUCCAGAUCGACAGUUCUGCGGUGGUUGAUGAGAAGCUGAACAUCCGAGAUGCCUUCCGGAUCUUCAAGCACGGAACCAGCUGGGCCAUUAUCGCUAUUCAGAUGUGUCUUGGUGUGCCUCUUCAGGGCGUCCAGCUUUUCUUGCCUGUCAUCAUUGGGCGUCUUGGAUAUAGCCCUGUCAAGACAAAUCUGUACACCGUGGCGCCUAAUGUCUCCGGCGCCGUCGUGCUACUCAUCCUGGCCUUCGCUAGUGACUGGACAAGAUGGCGCUUCCCGUUCAUUGCCUUGGGCUUCCUGUUCACAUUUAUCGGCAUGGUCAUUUACGCCGCCAUUGACGUCGAGAAGGACAUAAGCGUUGCGUAUUUCGCAUGUUUCAUGAUGACCUGGGGUACAUCAGCACCAUCCGUCCUCCUCGACGUCUGGUAUAACAACAACAUCGCCAGCGAAAGCCGUCGUGUCGUUUUGACAAGUAUCGCCGUCCCAAUGGCUAACCUAAUGGGCGUUGUGGCCUCCAAUAUUUUCCGCAGCCAAGACGCACCAAAGUACAUCCCGGCUUUGGUCACUACUGCUGCAUUUGGAGGUGCUGGAAUCAUAUUUACCUUGCUUCUUGGUGUUUGGAUGAUUAUGGAUAAUAAAAAGCGAGACCGAGUACAGGGUGUUCAUUUGCAAGCGAAGGAUAUUCCCACGGAGAAUAUCCAGGAUGGACCUGCUAGCGAGGAUUUCCGAUGGUUCUAUUAG